UCAAUUACCUGCUUGAGCCCCACGCCGGAUCCCCACGAACCGCCGGUUGUGUUGCUGCUCCGAGGCUGCCCGACGCUGAUUGCUGUCUGCAUGGCGAUCUCUAUGCGAGGCCUUUCUCACGCCUCCAUACUUCAGCUCGUCGUUUCUCCAGCCUUCGUCUCCGCGACCUAACUGGAAGCCGUUUUCCGUUCGGUGCUCCACGAGCUGCACGCCACCGCAAGGAUCUAUCUCUCAUUCCUCGUCAGCUAUUUCUUCAUCGAAUAGCAGCAUCGCCGUUGGCUGUCUCAUAGCUUCCACCUCUGUGCCCCCACCGUCGGAGUCGCCCCAAAGUCCCGCCAUGCCAACACUUCGCCGAAAUUAUCCUUCGUCACUUGAGACACACAACAAAGGAUUAGCACAUAAAUCAAAAUUGACUACUCACGUAUUGGAGGAGGGUACCAUGGAAGAGUUGACUUUCUGUGUGCGAUUUAGAUUUUUAUAGGAUCAAAUUCCAAUUGGGGUUGGUUUAACAAAAUUUCAAGAAUCUUAUAGUGGGAGGCUGGGAACUUUUAUCUGAUGAGGAGCAUAACUAAUAUGGACAAUGGGUUUUCUCAGUAACCUAUGAUCCCUGCAAGCUUCAUGAAGCAUGAUGCUGCCCCGUAGCACAGACGGUGGGCGCAUGACGUCUCUGAUGUAAUGGCCAAGGGUCGAUUCUCAGGAACUGACGAUCUGGGGUUUAUUCCACCAUGCGCCUGACACUUGUGUACCGUCUAUAUCCGUGUGGUCGGCACUAGGGGGCCGUUAAUUUCACAUCCAAGGCAGGAUGCUUAUAUUGGCGACCAACUCAUCUUCAAUGCAGAGAUUUUGUUUGGUGGAUGCACUUCACUGGCUGCUCAGAGCUCCACCAGAAAAUACAUGAGAGGGUACCAAAAACAGAUUAAGUAAAUCAGAUCAGACAUGUGCCGGGGAUCAUGUCUACUACAGGUGAUGCUGAUGGUGCUGCGCUAAGUAUUAUAAAUAAUACAUGUUAUACUUCACUAUAUUCUUGUUCCUUCACCUAUAUAUAUAUAUAUAUGCAUAGUUAUAACUAUAUGUACGUGCAAUAUCUACUUCUCUUCUCUGGGUUACACUUACACAUUAGCCGAUCGACAAAGAUGGGGAGGGCACCCUGCUGUGACAAGGACAGCGUGAAGAAGGGCCACUGGUCUCCUGAGGAAGACAAGCAGCUGAAGGAGUACAUCGAGAAGCAUGGCACUGGUGGUAACUGGAUUGCUCUCCCUCAUAAAGCUGGUCUGAAUAGGUGCGGGAAGAGUUGCAGACUGAGGUGGCUCAACUAUUUGAGGCCCAACAUCAAGCAUGGAUGCUUCUCUGACGACGAAGACAGGAUCAUCACCAACCUCUACGCCAGCAUCGGCAGCAGGUGGUCCAUCAUAGCCAGUCACCUCCCUGGCAGGACUGACAACGACAUCAAGAACUACUGGAACACCAAACUUAAGAAGAAGUUCUCGGGGAUCCUUACGCCGCCGAGGAGGAUUAAGCAUCACCGUCACGAUCGAAUUCAGCUGCAGCUUCAUCAACAACAGUUUACUGACUAUGCCGGUGCCUGCAGCUUUCCGUACGCCGGUGGUGCAUUGGAUGCUGCUGCUGCUGCUCCUAACAACUCGUUGAUUAUGACGUUGCAAGGCCUUGAUGCAGCAUUGCCCUUCUCUGCGUUGCUCGGUGGUGGUGAUGGGUUGCAUCUGCUGCAGGCAGCUGAGCAGCAGCAGCAGUCUUGCGACUUCAUCAAGUUCGGAGGGAACGCCGGCAUGGACUGCAUUGGUAACGCUGCGUACGACGAUGCCUACCUGAACGAGGUGGAGCACGGCGCACUGGGCUUAGAGAACUACCUACACGGCGGUGUCGGCGGUGGCUUGGAGGCCGUCGACCUCUCCGGCAGCCACGACAGCGCCGACGAGCUGGGGUUCAACUUGGAGGAAUACGAAAUGGCUCCGAUGAUCGCGGCGGCAGCAGCAGCCGGCUCCGGCAACCUCUACCUCGACGAGACGAUGCUGAGCGGAUCCUCCAUGUGCUUCUACUGAUCAAGAAAGAUCUCCGUGCGAAUUCACGAGGCCGGCGUGCAUGGGACGAUCAAGCGAAGGAAGAAUAUUGUUUACGUGAGCUCGACAUCGCGCAGAGUGGGCCCUCCUCCUGUUUCCUUUUCCGUCGCGUUCAUAUCGAUUCUGACGAAGUGUUAGGUGGGUGAGCCGUUUUGUGGGUGAUUCGGGUGAUUUGCCCGAAACGAUCAAUCAGUGACAUCACUUCUCGCCAUGAAUAUCGUGAAUGCGACCUCCAAUUUAUUCACCACUUUUCUUUUUUUUUGCGCUGUAAUAAAUGCCCAUUAAAAUUCGCACG